AUGAGCGGUCAAAAUGGCUACGGUAACGGGUACGGCUACUCCGGCCCCGGCCGGUACGAUACAAAUGAAGGGGGAUAUGGUGGGAACGACAGCCUUGGGGUGAAUGGUUACAGUGGACGGGAUCCCGCACCACCAGGCAGUGCUGGACGGUCAGAACGUCGCCCUGGCGGAUAUGGUGGCUUCUACGAUUCACCUCCGCCACCAGGCUUAUCUCCAGCUCAACCUUCUCCUGCACCAAGCCAGUCGCCCGAACGGCGCCGCGAUCGACCGAACCAAGACUGCCAGCAGCCUUCGUCGCAACCGUCUUCGCAUCCUUCGGCGCACCCUUCCUCGCACCCCUCUUCGCAAGGCUCCUCGUAUCCCUCCUCCCGGUCGCGCACAAGGAACCAAGAACCCGACCAGAAGUACCAGGAAGAACGGUCUAGAGAUGCAAGCCGGUACGCGGACAACAGAGACCAACGGAACGCGUCGCCCGCGUCACAUAUGCUCACGCGGACCUAUGACUCUGGGGAGCCCCAGCCCAUCGAGACUAUCUUACAAUCGAUCCAGCAGGACUGGGAUUUCAUGACCGAUUCCGAGUGUGUCCCGGUACACGUUGCUUUGAGUUUGAUGGACACCAGUACGUUGGGCAAAGCGGAUCGCGAGCCGGAAUUCCUGCGAAUGUACGAUAGUAUUCAAAAGACGUUGAAGGCAAUUGUGAACGAACACCACCAGGGAUUCAACAGUUCUAUUGGAACGUACCACAAGAUCCAGUCAAAUAUAUCUUCCUCGCAAGCGCGAGUGCGCAGCCUGAGACACGCCCUCGAGCAGGCCAAAUCUGGGUUGAUAUCGACCAAGCCCGAAUUGAAAGGGCUGGCAACAUCUUCCCAGAACUAUGAUGAUAUUGUCCAGCUGUUCACUCAGAUUGAAGAAAUCCAGUCCCUUCCCGAGAAGCUGGAAUCCCAAAUUUCAGACAAGCGCUUUCUGGCGGCUGUGGAUGUGCUCCACACUGGUCUUCGAGUUCUGCGGCGCUCGGAGAUGGAGGAUAUUGGGGCCUUAUCGGACAUUCGUGCUUAUUUCAUAAACCAGGAGACAUCACUCACAGAUAUCCUGAUCGAGGAGCUGCACGACCAUCUAUAUCUCAAGUCACCCUAUUGCUCAGAUCGCUGGAAAGCCCCUACCUCGGAUGGGGAGGUGCACCCGUCCAAUUGGUCUGGCACUCGGUCCUGGGACCGGCCUGUUUACAACUUUCUGGCCAAAUUCGAUCCAAUGACGCCCAUGGUUGAAGAUGCCUCGAGAAACCCUGAGGCUGAUACGUUUGCCUACAUUCAGUUGUUGAUUGAAGCGCUCAAUAAGAUGGGCCACCUUGACGUCGCGGUUCAUCGAAUCGAGCAGCGCCUUCCGGUCGAGUUGUUUGCUGUGGUGGAUAAGACGAACGCAGAGGUUGACGUUCGCUAUCCUGCACCAACCAAGAGCUUCUCAGCGCAGGACAAUUACAAACAGUCCAGUCUUCCGACCGAGAUCAUUGAAAAACGUGGCCACGUACUUUCUGAGUUUUUGUGGGCGCUGUAUGCCAAGUUCGAGGCGAUUGCAGAAGGCCACCGGAUCCUUCAUGACGUUGUUGCAGCCAUUGUGGAACGCGAGGGCCUCACCAAGAACGAGAAGCUUUCUGGUGGGUUCAAGGAGCUGUGGAAACUGUUGCAAAGCGAGAUACGGUCUCUCAUGCACGACUAUCUUGCGACUGAUGGAGAUUCUUCUGUCCGAAGAACAGAUGAGAUGGAUCGACGUCACGUAUAUAUGGGUUAUCGCGAUAAAAAUAAGAAAAUGUUCAAGUUGUCAGAUAUUGAGCAAAACUCAGAGAUGAAGGCUGAGCAAGAUGAACUUGAUGAGAUUCUGAAAUCCUCAGUGCCGGGACUUGUUUCAAAGUCAAGACAAAAGGCCACCACACACGAUCCUACACAGACACAGGGCAAUUCAGGAACUGGACAUAAAAUCCUGCUUGAGCCAAGCCGGUUGAAGGAUAUCGUUCCUGUCGAUGCGGACAUUUCGUUGGGCACCUUGACCUCAUUUUUGGACGACUUCAUGGUCAACGUCUUCCUCCCUCAGCUGGACGAAACCGUGACGGAUCUCUGCACGCUUAGUUUCAUUGCGCCAGACGCCUUUACCGAAGACCCUCAAUGGACCAAGGUCUCUCCUCGGCCUAUCUUUAAGGGAACGGUCAAAUUCAUGUCUAUCGUUCGAGAAUUCAGUAAAAUGCUAUCGAGUAUUCCACACGAUCAAGCAUUCACGCAGCUUCUCAUUGACCAGAUUGUGACAUACUAUGACAAGUGCUGUGGAUGGUACAAAGCAAUGGUCACGAAGGUAACUGCACGGGACCGUGGAGGGGGUGUCCGACUGAAAGCUGCAGCAGCAUUUGCCGAUUCCGGUGACAUCCAUGAUGUUGUCGACGAACUAUGGAAAGGGCCCGGUGACAAGAAAUGGACGCUCAUCGACACUGAAAUCGAUCUUCUGCUGAAGCGGACGAACGAGGUGCCUUUAGAGCCAUACGACAUCAUAUCAGACCCGAAGACUGUCAUCUCCCUCUCCCUCUUAUACAACAGCAUGCAAUGGCUUGCAAGCCACCUCGCCAAAAUUCGGCUCGUGGUUGAACAUACCGUGGAUGCCGAAUCGUCGAGUUUGACUGCCACCGGUCGACCAUCUCGCAGAUGGACUCUGUUUGGGUCCGUGAAGCCCAAUCGUGAUAGCAUCAAUCACCCGGUCCACUUACCACUAAAUCACGAGACUGUUGUCGCCUUUGACGGGACACUUGAGUCAUUACAGGGGCUUGCUGCUACCGCACUUUUGACGAUGCAUGUUGACAUCCGCUGUGGCAUCAUCCACAUGUUGACAAAAACAAUGUCCGGACCCAGUCCGCCCAACUUACGGCACUCCGAAGCCGUAACGCCGUCCCCAAGCACAACUGACAACUGGUGGCACAUUAUCAUGAACCAACCGACUGCCGCAUCGCCCACCAUCCUUGCCUUGAAUAACGACCUCAUCGCAUUCGACACCAACAUCUCAACGUACCUAGGAUCCAUCGAGCGCUGGUUCAUCACCUCAGGUCUUGCACGGUUUAUCGACCGGGUGUUUGUCUCCUGCACUCAAUACAUCGGCGCCAUGAAUGAGAAUGGAGCUUUACGGCUGCAACUCGACGUGCUUGUCCUGCAACAGAACCUGAAGAAUAUCAUCAUCGACCCAGCUGGGGAUUCGUCGAAUUCGACAACGGACUUGCACCUGCAAGCCGCUCAGGAGGUCGUCGCCCUGCCACGCAGCGCGAAGUUCCUAGACUGGUUCCUGGAAGGCGCCGAGAAGACCCUGGAGUAUGCCAAGGACGAGAAGGAGGCAUUUGCGUCGCAAGGAAACAGAGCCCUGGCCGCUGGAAACGGAGAGCCCUUCACCUACGAGGAGCUGCGCGUGCUCGUGGACUUGUGCUUCUCCGAGAUCCUGCGCGGCCCACGGGGGGCAGAGAGUCGCGAGGACUUCAUGUCGGCGAAGAAAGCAAGCGCGGAUGCGCUGCUCACGCUGAACGAGAUUAUGUGGGAUGCUCGUUAG